GCCAUAUGGGUAAAUGUGAUUCGUAGAUGUUGACAUAUUAUGUCAUGUCAAUUCUUGUUAUUUUAAAAUAAUUUAAUUUUUAGUUGUUUUGUUCUUGUGCCACUGUUCAAAGAAAUUAAAACACAGACUUUAAUUUAAUAGUUCCAAAAUAUGUAUAUCGUGAAAUCAAUAUUUAUUAUUUUAUUCGUUAAUUUAGUACUAGCCGAAUUUUCUACAGAAGAUUGUUGGUCCUUGGGUUUACAUAAAGCCAAUUUACUUUGUUCAUCAUGCGAUCAAUUACCUAGAUUCAACUUGACAGAACUAAUGAGUCAUUGUAAAGAAUGCUGUCGUCAGGAUGAUGUGGGCCCAACAGAAAAAACAUAUCAUAAAGCUGUUCUGGAAGUCUGCACCUGCAAAUUCGGAGCAUACCCUCAAAUCCAAGCAUUCAUUAAAAGUCACCGGCCUUCCCUGUUUCCAAACUUACAAAUCAAAUAUGUAAGAGGCUUAGAUCCCAUCAUCAAACUUUAUGAUAAGGAUGGACAUCUGCAGGAGACUGUAGCCAUUGAAAAAUGGAAUACUGAUUCAGUUGAGGAAUUCUUGAAUACUCACCUGGAUAAAAUUGAUGAUGAAGACUAUUUGAGAACAAAUAUGGUCUGAUGAGAGCUAUAAAUAAGAUAUUUUCACGUGUGAUGUUUAAUCCACUUUUGAAAGGAAUAGAAGAUGUCUAGAUAAACAGUCCAUAUUAGUAUAUCAAAGUAAAUGAACCAAAAUAUAUUGCCUGAUUUUCACUGGACAGUUUACAAAAAUGUAACACAUUUUGCUAUACAAUAACUUCCUCAAUA